AUGUAUUUCAAAGAGGUCGACGAACUAUUGUUGAGGCAGUAUUACUUGUAUGAGAACAGCCCAAAGAGGCUGAGAGGGCUGAACUCCAUACUGCAUACAAACAGACCUUUGUAUUUGAACAGGGUUCUGUGAAAUCGAAGAGAGCCACUGGUACAAGAUGGAUCAGGCACAAGCUUGAUGCUUUAGAGAUUCUAGUUGACAAGUAUGGUUUAUUUAUUCAACAUUCGGAAACAUUAAGCUGUGACAAAUCC